AUGCCCGUCCAAUCAAAGAACGCCGGAAAUGUAGCUGGUGGACUCAAGGCUUCCAUCAACAACCCAAACGUCUCCGAGCAGGCCAAGGACAACGCUAGGCAACGCCUCGAGGAUGAGGACCUUGGAGAUAUCACCGAUAGAGAAAGUUCCAGUGACAAGAACGAAGGCAACGUCAUCGGGGGAUACAAAGCCACUCUGAAGAAUCCUCGAGUCUCCGAGGAAGCCAAGAAGAAGGCAGAGGACGUCCUCAAGGACAAAGAUAUCUGA